AAUGACAACGUAGAGCACCGGGUUGACACGGAGUAAAAUCAGAGGAAAGCACAUUUCUGGGAAAUUUGAUUUGGGUCACUGUGCUGUGGUGUGAAAACCCAUCCCUGAUUAUGACUCUGACACUGAAUCCUUGGACCCAACUUUGACCUGAAGAUUAGCCUUUGACGUCUUGUAAAUUGGGGACAAUAAGACACGGAGCAGUUUCUCCUUCCAGUCAGAGGGAGGUUUUCCACAGAGGAGGACGAGGAGGUUUAGGUCAUUUAGAGAAACCAGACCACCGCAGUCAUGGGAGAGUGGGGUCUCCUUAGCGGCCUCUUUGACACCCUGCAGAUGCACUCGCCGAUGCUUGGACGUUUCUGGCUCCUGAUCAUGCUCGUCUUCAGGAUUCUGAUUCUGGGCACGGUGGCCAGUGAUUUGUUCCAGGACGAGCAGCAGGAGUUUGCCUGCAACACGCUGCAGCCGGGCUGCAAACAGGUGUGCUAUGACAUGGCCUUCCCUAUCUCACAGUACAGGUUCUGGGUCUUUCACAUCGUCCUCAUCGCGACGCCGUCCCUGGUCUUCCUCAUGUACGCCAUGCACCAACAUAAAAAGAGGGAGGAGUCCAAGUUCCGCCGCCGGCAGUCAAGAGAGGACCUGCGUUUGAAGAGGUUCUACAUCAUCAAUGUGGCCUUCCGCGUGGUGGCAGAGGUGGGCUUCCUGUCAGGUCAGUGGCUCCUGUACGGCUUCAAGGUGGAGGCCCAGUUCCCCUGCAGCCGCUUUCCUUGUCCCUACACAGUGGACUGCUUCACCUCCCGCCCCGCGGAGAAAACCAUCUUCCUCUGCUUCUACUUCAUCAUUGGUGCAAUAGCAGCCUUUUCCAGCUGCAUCGAGCUUUUCUACCACUCCAUCAAGUGGUUUUGCGGUAGCUGGCAUCCCAUCCCGGAGCACCUCCAGCACAGCCAGGCCCUCCACAACAUCAAGCAGGAUGAAGAAGGGCAGGAGAAAGGAGCCAUUCUGGCUGAGAACGCACCCAGCACCGUGAGACUGAAGGGAGGGUCGAUGAGGAGCAACUCCAAGGCCUCCAGCCUUGGACACAAGCAAAGGGGGGGCAAAUACGUCAGCAGUAAGAUGUUCAUGGUGUGACAGAGACAACUGUCAGUCUGUGUGGCAUCAGUGAGGGCUGGAGCUACUGUGUCUGUGAAUGUAAUCCUGAUGAAGGCAGAUGGAGGUCAGCAAAGGCGGAUGAUGAUAAGGCAGACUGUUGUCAUGUUUGUCUUUGAUAAAAACUCACAUUCACUUUCGCAAUCUCUUACGCCUCCUUUGUUUUAAAGUCAGCUGAUUAUAUCACCUGCUGCAGUGGAAAAUCCACCCUGAGGAUUGGCGUGUGAUUUGAUUGGCUCUGGGGAUGAUGAAGUCACCAUCGGUAAAUGCCGAUAAAACCCUAAAUAGUUUCUGAAAUUAUUUUGUCUCCUUUUACCUAUCUGUGUGUAUGGGAUAGAAGAAAAAAGAAGAUGAAGUGAAAUAUUUGAUGAUUUUAUGAACUCAACUGUUUCCUCUCAUUUACAGCAGCCUUUUGUUUUUACUCUGACAAAAUGCAUGAAGAAACACAUUUACUUCUAAGAUAAAGACAACAUUCCGUUUUCGCAGCAUUUCUGGCCUACAUGCUGCAACCAGAUUUUAAGGAUUUUUACUUUUAUAUUUACACUAAUCUCAGAUUCUUUUUUACUUUUUGUAGCUUCUUUAUACUUCUUCUGACCUGUAGAAACAUUUCAAACUCUGGACAGACAUGGACUGGAUCAUCCAGUUAGCUUAAUGAAACAUUUAUUAUUCUCAAAAAA